AGUGUGUCAUGUAUAUAUCCCGACGUCGGCAAGUAGAGAAAAAUAGUUAGCUAGGCUUCUCUUCUGAGGUAGUCGGGAGAGGCUGCGGUGCUAAAUUAGUGAACAAAAAGAAAGAAUACAUAACAGUAUUUAUGACUUUAUUUAUAUAACUCUAUAUAUGCUGUCCAAAUAUUAUCAUAUUAAAACGUUAGAAACGAAUUUCCUCCGAGCUCUCUUGCAUUAAAUGGAGGAGAAGAAGGAAGACGGGGACUCGGAGAUACAGGAACACGGACCGGAGCACUGGUUCUCAAAAUGGGAGCGGCAAUGUUUAGCCGAAGCCGAGACGAUGGACCCGGGCGAGGAAGAGGCCGACAAUGACCAGGAUAAACUCUGGCAUCUCUUCCAGAACUCCGCCACUGCCGUAGCCCAAUUAUACAAAGACAGGGUAUGCCACCAACAGGGCCUGUCAUUGUGGGUGCCAUUUCAGAAUGCUGCUACUGCAGUAACCAACCUUUACAAAGAAAGUGUUGAAGCCCAUCAGAGAAGUUGUGACCGGGGCAUUCAGAUAGGUCACCAACGGCGUAACAAGGAUAUGCUGGCCUGGGUGAAAAAGCGCCGAAGAACCAUUCGCAGGGAGGAUCUUAUCAGCUUCCUGUGUGGCAAAGCCCCGCCACACAGGAGCAGCAGGACCAACUCUCGGCUGGCCAUGGUGGCCCCCAGCAGGGCUAAUUCCCCGGCUGAGACCGGCUCAUCUGUGGAGACGGACCUGCAACCCUUCAGGGAGGCCAUAGCUCUGCAUGGUCUGAGCGGCGCCAUGGCGAGCAUCAGCGUGCGCUCUGGCGCUCCGGGUUCCCCGACGCACGUGAGCGGGAGCAGCAGCAACACGGGGAGCGUGGGCGGCGGCGGCGCGUCCUCCGGCUCCGGGCCUGUGUGCCGCAGCAGGCGCAACGGCCUCCAAGACGUCGACCUGAACACUUUCAUUACAGAGGAGAUGGCCCGACAUCUGGACUCUACCGGCGCCGGUGCCGCCGGGGGAGGAGGAAACAGGAAGCGCAACUCCACCCAGUGCAGCGACGUCAUCACGGACUCCCCCACGCACAAACGCAACAGGGUGAUUUGAGGCGUCGCCUGCGUGAUUAAGGUCGGAUGAAGUCUUCAAAGCCAGAAUGGACGGACGGAUGGGUCUUUUUAGUACAUAUGUGCUGAUGUACAGACUUCCAAACAUCUGGACUGGAAAUGAAAGUGAGGCCUGAAGGCUCUCGGUUGCAUUUGUUCAUGAAUUGUGUUCCUUGUCUCCUUUUCCAACACUAAGUACAAAUCCACAAUGAGAGCAGUGUGUGUGUGUUUGUGUGAGAGAGAGUGUAACUAAGUGGGAAGUUUGGACGGCCUCACACAUUCCUCAGACCAAGCUGCCCUGGAAAGGAGUCAAAGAAGGAGGUCACUUACUAAUUCUGGGAUGCCGACGGUUCUCAAUGAGCGGAAAGUACGGCGUGCAGCUCGACGAGCAAAAAGCCACUUAAUCUCUGACACGCGUGUGCGCUUCCCUCCCGCAGUCUGUCAUCCCCCACUCAUCACCUUAAUAAGGAAGAGAGGGCCAUGAUCAAACGUCGGACUCACCAAAAAGAGAAAGAAAAAAAAAAAC